AAAUAUAAUUAAAUAUCAAGUACUUUGUGCCUUUUAAAUUACAUUUAUACGUCAUAACAAUACGUAUUUUCAAUCAAUUCCUAGAAUAGUAUAAAAAGCUGCAAUUUUAAAAAUUAUUUCCAAGAAAUAUGCCUCCACAAAAGGGAAAAACCCCUACAAAGGGUGCAAAGCAAAUAUUGAUGGAGAACACAGCGACAGUGUCAUUUUACCGCAACAUGGCUAUCGCAGCCGGGCUGACAUACAAUCUACUAGCCUUCACACUGUUUGCUGAGAGUCUGUCUUAUGGUGUAAUAUUCCUCGAUGUGUUCGUGGUGAUCAUAUAUCUGGGGUGCUACCAGAUGAUGGUAUACAUCAGCCGGCCUAAGUAUACCGACAGCAACCAGCUGGUGGACCCUGGACUGGAUCUGAACAUGGAAGGUGGCAUGGGAGAGCACGUCAAAGACAUAGUAAUACUGUCGUCUAUAACUCAUGUUCUGGCGCUAAUAUCGAACUACUUCUGGUUGCUACUUCUUCUCCUACCAAUAAGGGCCUUCUGGUUGCUAUGGACCAAUAUCCUUGGCCCCUGGUUCUUCCAGGAAGCACCGGAGGACACAGAACAAGACGAGAAGAAGAGGAAGAAAAUGGAACGCAAAAUGAAGCGGUACCAAUAAAAGUAAAUUCGCGUACAAAUACCUUAUUGCCUAGAUAAAAAAAAUACAUUUAAAAAUAUUAAAAUUCAAAUAUUUAUAUAUAUUAUGCA